AUACUUCUCAGACUAAGGGAGGUGGAGUCUGAAGGUGGGGAAGGAGAGAGAAGAAAAAAGAAAAAAGCAGACACAACAGAAUAGGGGAGGACAGCAAGCUAACUACGUCAAUUGAAAUUAACGCAAUAAUAUCAAAGGCUGCUGCAAAGGAUAAGAAGAAAUCAGGAUGAUAAUGGCCUAUUUCCUAGAGAAUUUCUGGGGAGAAAAAAACAAUGGAUUUGAUGUACUUUACCAUAACAUGAAGCAUGGUCAAAUAUCAACAAAGGAGCUUUCCGAUUUUAUUAGAGAAAGGGCUACCAUUGAAGAAGCAUAUGCAAGAUCAAUGACCAGACUGUCCAAAUCAGCCAGCAAUUUCUCUCAGCUGGGGACUUUUGCGCCAGUCUGGGAUGUAUAUAAAACCUCAACAGAGCAGCUAGCUAGCUGCCAUCUAGAAUUAGUUCGGAAACUUCAAGAAUUGAUGAAAGAAGUCCAAAAAUAUGCAGACGACCAAGCAAAGGCACAUAAGAAGACAAAGGAGGAAGUGGCCACAACGCUGGAGGCCGUGCAGAACAUCCAGACCAUAUCUCAGGCUCUGCAGAAAUCCAAGGAGAACUAUAAUGCCAAGACUGUGGACCAGGAACGACUUCGCAAGGAGGGGGCAACUCAGAAGGAAGUGGACAAGGCUGGGGUGAAAGCCAAGAAAGCAACAGAGGUGUACAAGUCCUGCGUGGAGAAAUAUGCCACAGCGAAAUCCGAGUUUGAACAGAAGAUGGCGGAAACUGCCCAGAAAUUUCAAGAUAUUGAAGAGAACCACAUUCUCCACAUGAAGGAGAUCAUUCAGUCCUAUUCCCAGUACAUAGAGGAGACACAUAUACAGAUUGGAGAGGUUCACAAAGAGUUUGUAAAUAACAUGGAAAAUACUACAGUGGAAAGUCUAAUACAGAAGCUGGCAGAGAGCAAAGGAACUGGUAAAGACAGACCUGGACCCAUUGAGUUUGAAGAGUGCAACAUUUCAAUUGCCACUGAAGGAACCAAACCACGGAAGAGGAAAACGUUUGCAAUACCAGGACGCAGGAAAGACAAGGACACUGAUUCAACGGAAUCUGCAGAAGCAGAAUCUACAACAUCCAAUGGUGCCCCCCCGGGCAGUUAUGGGACAAUAGACUUGCAGAAUGCUAAUGUCCUGGUUGAUGACGAAGGAUUCUGCAUUCGGCCCGAAGUGAAUGAGAAUGAUGCCAAAGAGAAUUCCUUUUACUCAUCGAGUGACUCCGAUGAUGAGGAUGAGCCUAGGAAGUUUCACGUAGCGAUCAAACCCGUACAGCCCAACAAUGGAAACCAUCAAACACGCUGUUCUAUAGAUGAGCUGAAGGCCUCCAUUGGGAAUAUCACACUGUCCCCCUCUGCAUCGAGUCAGAUGAGAAGAAACCAAUCUAGUGAUGAGCUGGCAAAAUCCCGGGUGCAGACGUCUUGCAAUGACAGCAGACUAGUCAGCAAUGAUCUCCUUUCCCUGGACCCCUUCGGCCCGCCUCUGGCGGUCACCUCGGUGUCCUCGUCCACAGAGUGUGAAGUUUGUCCUACUAGUGAUCCAGCCAAGAAAAUGUUACAUAAAGAAGGCCCGCCUUUCUCAGCCGCUUCCAGUCCUUCACCUUGGCCUUUAAACCAAACUCUUCUGGGACUAAACCCACUAGUACACACUAAAAGCCCCUCCCCCGUGCAGCUUGACAUGGUGGACCCUGCUAAGAUGGCAUCCGAGAGCAUGGACAUCUUUUCCUCCGUCUCCUGGUCCCAAAGCCAGUGGAUAGCUUUCGAUGAUGAAUUCGCACCCUGCAGGCGGCCAAGCUCCACCACAAGGGACCCAAGCAGACUACCACUGCGGACACCAGCAAAGUCCAUCAAGUUCUUCUCGGACGACCCGAGCGACCCUUACAAUAGCAUUAUGGGUGGCUCCGGUUCCCUUUUUGAGGAGCCCCAGAGCACCCUAAAGCUCUCUCCAAAUUCGGGGGAUGAAACCUUCACACCCUCUGCUAUCCAAAUGCACCAUGCACUGCCUCUUCAAACAAGGCCCACGACGCCAUUAGCUCCAGGCACCUUAGUGCCUCCACCACGACCAUCCUCCAGACCAAAGCUUCCAACAGGCAAACUCGCAGGCAUCAAUGAAAUUGUCAGACCUUUUAGCCCUCCAAAGAUCUCCAAUGCAAGCCCUCCUCCGACUGCACCCCUGGCCCGCGCGGAAAGCUCAUCCUCCCUGUCCUCCAACACCUCUCUGAGUGCCGGCAACACCCCAACAGUAGAUGAGGAUGUGUUCAUUGGGAAACUGCCCACCUUUGAAAAGCGGUGUGACGCUCCAUCAGGAACCUCUCGAGGCCCUAGUCCAGUCACUUUGGCCUCCCAGGACUCGAUACCUGUCGCUGUGGCCUUUACAGAAUCCGUUAACGCCUACUUCAAAGGCGCCGACCCAACAAAGUGCAUUGUGAAAAUCACAGGAGAUGUGACUCUCUCCUUCCCAAGUGGAAUCAUAAAAAUCUUCACCAGCAACCCUUCUCCUGCAGUCUUGAGCUUUAAGCUGAAGAACACCGUCAAGCUAGAGCAGAUCUUGCCUAAUCAGCAGAUCCUCUACAGUGAUCCCUCGCAAAGUGACUCCGGCUCUAAGGAUUUCUGGCUGAACAUGCAAAAUCUCACUGCCUACCUCAGGAAAUUGUCAGAGCAAAACCCUGCUGCCUCCUACUAUAAUGUGGACAUCUUAAAAUACCAGGUUGUCUCAAAUGGAAUCCAGUCCACUCCACUGAAUCUGGCUGUGUACUGGAAAUGCAGUCCCACCAGCACAGACCUACGAGUUGAUUACAAAUACAACCCAGAGUCCAUGCUUAGCCCAAGCCCCCUAACCAACGUCCAGGUGCUGGUACCUGUGGACGGAGGAGUGACCAACAUGCAGUCCCUUCCUGUUGCCAUUUGGAAUGCAGAGCAAAGCAAAUCCUUAUGGAAGUUAAAUGACAUCUCAGAGAAGUCAGAGAAUGAAGGUUCAGGAUCCCUCAGGGCCAAAUUUGACCUCUCGGAAGGACCAUCCAAUCCCGCCACCCUUGCAGUGCAGUUUCUGAGUGAAGGGAGCACUCUUUCUGGAGUCGAUUUAGAGCUCGUUGGAACUGGCUACAGACUUUCCCUAACUAAAAAGAGGUUUGCUACAGGACGGUAUAUGGCAGAUUGCUGAUGCUGAAGAAUAGCUUGGCCCAAGAAGCACAAUUUAAUUAUCGAAGAUGUAUUUUCAGCAUUUUAUUAAUUGGUCUUUUUGUCCUAUUUAUAGAGCAAAUCUGAAGGUUUUUGUAAUGCCUUUUUUCUUGACAUUGUUGGACCAUCUUGGCAUAAAAUGAAAUGCACCUUUUUCAAGAAAUAUUUUUACUACAUGAAAAUUAGCACUGAAUCUUCAACACUGUUAAAAAGAAUGAACUUGGGCUGUCAGGAAAUUAUAACAUUUAUAUUAUAACACUUUGAUUUAUUCAGACUUUUAUAAAGUCAGAACUGUAGAGACAUAUGCAUAGAUAACAAUAUGUGUAGAAUAGGUGCAGUAUAUCAGACUGCUAAAACUAUAAAUCUGCACUAACAAUCUUUCCUGUAUCUCAGACUUAUUUACUGCAUUAAUGCAAUUGCAGCUCUCACAGUGAUAAUAAAUGAUAAUUAACAGAUGAAAUUUUGGCAGUUGAAAUGAAGAGAAGGCAUUCAUUUUCACCUUCCCGUGUUUCCACCAUGGUCUUUAAUAACGACAUUGACCCGGGUGGCGGAAUGUUCCCAUGGCAGCCGAGAAUAUAUCAAAAUGUGAUUUAUACCACAUAUUUUCUUAGUCAUGUGCAAUGAUUCAAAGAUAAGCUUUCACAAAUUGAUAAUGCUUAGACAUGAAACGAGUACAUCCGAAACCCUGUCCAGGAAUAUGGCUAGAUGGAUAGACAAAUGCAUCUGUGGCACUUAUAAACCUGCUGUCAUUUGUUCGUACAACAAGACAAUAGUGCCUCUUUAUACAAAUAUAUAAUAAUCAAAAUGUUACUUUUUUCUCUUUUUGCUUAUAUUGUAUACUUUGUAGCACAGUAUAAGAACACUUUGUGCCUAUCAUGAAUACUAUGCUAAUUGGAUGAUUAAGGGAAAUGCAGCAGACUUGUGAUUAGAUUUUUUUCAACAUUUGAAACUUUCCAAAGCUUUUUGACAUUUAGCAUGUCUUCCAAAGUCAUCACAGACAUGGGCAAAAUGUUUCUGUAUUUGUUUUGUUAUUUAAUGUCAUGUGCACCAUUAAUACAAACUGUUUCUUAUUUUCGUUAAUUCUUCCAAACUGUUUUGAAUUGGAAUCAAAUGCGGACUUGAUUUGGAAAAAUGUUAUCCGAUUCUUCAGUUUCUCCCUGCCAAAAUGUAAACCUAUCUUCACUUAUGCUUAUGAGUAAGAUAUGCUUAUAAGUGUGUGUAAAGGCCUAUGGAGUUAUGUCCAUCAGUCUAGAGUCCCAUGUAAAAUACGUACUGCUCUGUGAGGAACCACAGUCAGUAGCCUGUUAGACGUCGGCUCAUUAGGAACCGAGUCGUUUGUUUCGGUGGGGGAGGUGCAGCACCAUAUCAGGCUACACAGCGCAGAUUUAAGCAUCCAAGAAAUAUAAAUUUACUGGAACUUAGUAUACAGUCUUUAAUCACUAAUACACUACAAUUAAAAUCACUAAGUUAGUACUGUACCUGCAAUGAAAUAAAUGAAUGUAACUGUAAUUUAUUGUAUAAUUACUCCAUUAAAAAACUAAAUAUAAAAGCAAAACAACAUACAAACAUCAAAAAUAAAAAGUAGAUUUACCAAACAUUUCUUUGCAGCACAUUAUAAAGAUGCAACUACUGGUUGGAAAAACAUCCAGGUAUAAUUAAAUAGGAGUACCUCCUUAUGCAGUUAGUACAAUAGUUUCUGUAUUCCAUUGUAACUCAGCCUUAUACAUAUCAAAAUCUUGUAGCACUGCCAAAUGGAGUCUUAAGACAACAAGUGCUGAAUGUAUAGAGUUGCACAAACAUCAUUUGCCUCCCUGCCCACAGUUGGUUUCAGAUUUAGUGACAUUUGUAAUCAAGGGCAAUAAACAAUUGCUUUCAGCUGAGUAUGUCUUUGAAAGCCACUGAGAAAGUGAUUGCUUUUUAUAACUAUUUGUGCAGUAACCUUUUUUGUGUCUUGCUAAACAUUUUUAGUAAGUUAACUUGUGAGGGGGUUACUUCCCCCCUUUUUAACAAAAAAAAAAUGUCUACUGAACUUCCGGUGCUUGCCUUCUUUGACCGAAUGCAAUGAUAUAAAAAAUUUGUUGCCUUAUCCAAUUAUAGACCACCUUUGGAAGGGCUAGAUUUUUUGGUUACUGAUGGGAAAAUCACAUUUUCUAUGUACUUGUAUCUAAGAGAAGUAUAAUUAUGUCCACAUAUAGUCUUUUAUUUUGAAAUUUUCAAGGUGAGCUUUCAGCUGCCUCCUUAUUUCUCUCCUUUUAUACUUGCCCAUGUUUUUAAUGAGGAUAGUAUGUGGGUCUUCUGGCCACAACAAAUACCUCUUAUUGCACAGUGCUUAAAAGUCCCUUGUGGCUAUUUGUGAUCAACUGUUUCCUAAACUGUGCUGUCCACAAUGCAUGUAGCCUAUUAAGAACUUUGGGCUUGUCUGUGAAGUCAGUAUGAAGGAUGUUUUAAAUUGCAAAUGAAGAAUCUUUUCUAUGCUCAUAAGGAAAGACACAAACAGUAGCCAAUAUGUCAGUCAAAUGACUCUGUCAGUUUUAGCAGAAGUAAUUCUGUGGUUAUAGAUGGAGUCAAUACAAUCAGUCUUUGUCCCGUAGGACAGUGUUACCCAACCCGGUCCUCAGAGACCAGCCAGUUCAUGUUUUUGCUCCCUCCCAGAUUCCUGCCAGAUGCUCCACAUUUUUGCUCCCUCCAUGCUCAAGGGAGCAAAAACCUGACCUGUUUAGGGGUCCAGAGGACGGAGUUGGGAAACACUGCCGUAGGAGAUUGCUGUGUUGUUCUUGUUUCUGUUUUCAGGCUCUUACAAGCAUGGGGUUGAAGUACAGGUCUACAGAAACUGAAUAUAUAUGUUAUGUAUAUUUAGCAAGCUGGCUCUUGCUUCUUUACACAGAAAUCUCUCUACGUGCUGCCUUGUAACAUCUGUAAAAUUCCAACACAUUUGGAGCUGUUAUCUCCAGUUUGUAUGUCAACGUUGUCAGAAAAGAAAGUUAAAAAAUUGUAUAUAUAAAUGAAUGAAUGAAAUGAAUUGUAAAUUUUAUCUCUGCUAUGUCUGUCUUCACUUUAUAACUCAAUGUGCCUGUGAUAAAUGUUAUAUAUAAAAUAUAUAAUAUACCAAUAUAAAAUUACAACCAA